ACGUGAUCUGCUACGUCAAUAUUUCCUCAUAUCCGCCAUCUUCCUCCGCCGCAUGCUUUCGUGCUUGACUGUGGUACAGGUGACAUCAUGAAUCAAGAGAAAUUGGCUAAACUUCAAGCCCAGGUUCGGAUAGGAGGCAAGGGCACAGCACGUAGGAAGAAGAAGGUGGUGCACAGAACAGCAACAGCUGAUGAUAAGAAACUUCAGAGUUCUCUAAAAAAGCUGGCAGUCAACAACAUAGCUGGUAUUGAGGAGGUGAACAUGAUCAAAGACGACGGCACCGUGAUCCACUUCAACAACCCCAAAGUGCAAGCGUCUCUUUCCGCCAACACCUUCGCCAUCACGGGCCACGCUGAGACCAAGCAGCUCACGGAGAUGCUGCCGGGCAUCCUCAGUCAGCUGGGAGCGGACAGCCUCACGAGCCUGCGCAAGCUGGCAGAACAGUACCCGCGGCAAGGCCUUGACACCAAGGCACCAAAGGCAGAAGACAUUGAGGAGGAAGAUGAUGACGUCCCAGAUCUCGUGGAGAACUUCGACGAGGCAUCGAAGAACGAGGCAAACUGACUCCCCGCCACGGUUUGAAUGGGACUGCGGUUCUGAAGUCGUGGCUCCGUCGAAUCAGUGUUUUUAAUUUAGAUGGAACGUGACAUCAUUUCAACACUAUACAGUGAAACCAGAGACUUUUGUAUUGCGAAACCAACAACCAGGAGUCUGACCCCAGAUCAUCCUCUUCAAAAAAAAUAAUGGUCAUAGGCACUUAAAAAAAAGACCAAGCUAUAUACCCGCCAAACGGGGAGAUGUUACGCUAUUCCUGAAGAGCUGGAGUAUGUGGUGUUUGUUUGCACCGCUCUUAUUUGACGGUAGAAAUAGUUGGGUGAGCAAGAGGGCCGUGGCUAUUGUGGACCUUAAUUGCUUGGAGACUUGAAGGUUACCCAGAAAACCAGCACGCGCUGCAGUUGUCCGGGAAUAGGGUUGCCCUUCCUUGGCCCAGUUAACGGUUCAGUACCUUUUACCACAUUGCCAGUCUUGAAUUGCAGUGGUUAUGAAAUCUAGUCUUAAAAUAUUUUUUCUUUUCUUUUUUUUUGUUUUGAUUUAUGAAUAAAUAAAAAUGAAGUAACCUUUUUCACAUGGUGCUGUGGUCAAUAUUAUGGAGAUGAUUAAAUAAAGUAUUGGAUGUACAGGUGA